UAGUGUUCUAUUAUAGAAUAUAAUUUUUCAGAAUGGGUGGAGAAGAUACGGAUAAAAUCAUUCGUAUUCCUGGAGAAACAUUGCUUAUUAAAGUUACUCCAGAAGAAGUGCAGUAUCGAAACAAAUAUCUUCCAGAUCCCAAAAAAUUAACGGAUGAAAAGUUAGUAUGCACAGUUUGUUCCGUUUCUCUUGCUCAGGAUAUUCAUAAAGGAAAGCAGAUUUAUAUCCAUAGAUGUCUCCAGGUUCUCGUUUGUGAGUCUUGUUUUACCUUCUAUGGAGAUGGAUGUUUCUCAGCAGAUGAGGAUGGAGAUGACAAAUACUGUCGUUGGUGUGGACAAGGAGGCACUCUCUUCCUAUGCUCAGCUUGUACCUGCGCCUUUUGUCAGAAAUGUGUAAAAUUAAAUCUGAAAGCGUCAGUACUGGCCGAACUGGACAAUGAUGACUGGAAGUGCUACAUAUGUAACCCGCGGCCUCUGUUUGGUAGUAGAGCCAUAUGUUGGGGUGCAGAAGAACUUAAUAAGAUUGGCAAGGAAAGAGAACUGGAAAAGACAAAGAAACAAAAAGAGAAAUUAGAAAAACUUGAAGAAAAGAAGAAAGAAGAGACAUUAAGAAAGUCCCGAAAACAAUCAUCUAGUGAGGAUGAAGUGACUUCAAAGAAAAGAAAAAGUAGAGCGAAUAAUAGUGACAGUUCUCCUGAAGUAAUGCCUUCUAAGCGACCAAAGCGUACUUCUUUAGAAACUAGAAAUUUAAAUGGAAGUCUUUCAAGGAAGAAAAAAAAAGAUUCUAGUUCAGAUGAUGAGAGUUCGGAAGAUAAUAAGAAAAUGACUAGACGUUCCAGCAGUAGGAAUAAGAAAAAUAAAAAAAUCACUGCUGAUUCCAGUUCUGAAGAUGAGAACUCAGAUAUUAAAAAUCGGCGUAAAACUAAAACUAAAAAGAAAAAGGCCAAAAAUAGUUCUGAUGACUCGUCAGAUGGAGAGUAUAAAAUUUCUAAAAGAAAAUCUAUUAAGAAAGCUCCUGACAGCUCUGAUGAUGAUGAUUCAUCUGAUGAAAAACACACCAAAAAGAAAAAGUUGGCAAAGAAAAAGAAAGAAAACAUAUCAGAUUUGUCAUCUGACGAAAAGAAGAAAAAAGUCAAAAAAUACAAGGAUGAAUCGAGUGAAGAAUCAGCUGAUGAUAAACUGAAGAAAUCAAAAAAGCUAAGAAAAAAGAAAGAUGAAAGUUCUGACAGUGAUUCAGAUGAUAAAUCAAAAAAAGAUCAGAAAAAGUCUAAAUUUAAGAAUAGUGAUGACCGAAAAAAGAAUGAAAUAAAUUCUGAUGGUGGUGAAGAUGUGAAGAAAAAGAAAAAUGAAACAAUACUUGAAGAAAAGUCUGAAGAAACUCGAUCAAAAGAUGGCACUAAUGCAGUUGACAAUUUGGUUAAAAAGAGGAUCAAAUUGGCUAUAUUGUGGUUAGAUACUGCAAUCAAAGAUAUUGCUGAACUUGGUAGCCUAAUUUCAUUAAGAGCAACAAAAUUUGCAAAAAAGAAAAUAAACAGUGAAAAUCUAAAGUCUUAUGAAGAUGUUUUGAAUACAGUUAGUAAGCUGAAGCAACUUAUGAGUGGUAUUCAUUCAAAUUAUGAUCAUAUUGAAAAAAAUCUGGAUGCCCAGUUAAAACCAUGGAAAAUUUUGACUGGAGUUGAAGAAUCUGAGACUGAGAAACCUGUUGAAGAAGAAACAAGACUUUCUGCUGAUGGUAGUGUUUCAGAACCACAAAAUAUCUCUGGCAACUCACUUGAUGAUAACAACAAAAAGCAAAUUGCUGAGAAUAAUCCUUCUGACGUACCAAAUAGUACAUUAGCCGUUGAAAUGGCAACAAGUAUUUGUGAUGAAAAAGUGGAAACAAAACUUGGCAAUGAAAGUAAUAAUUUAGAUCUUAAAUGGGAUAAUCUUUCAGUUGAUGAAGAUUCUGAUAAUGACAAUCUCAAAGUGUCGGAAGCAAUUACAAAAGCUAGUGAAACUCUUGAUAAAUUGAAUGAUCAAGAGGAGGAUCUACAAAGAAGCAAAGAUAAUAUUCAUGACAACCAUAAAUCUUCUGAAGUAGAAAGCAAAGAUGAUAGUAAAAAGGUGGAUGAUGCUAUCGAAUCUUUAAGUAAAAAAAAUGUCAGUAAUGUGGAUGAUAGUUCAAAAGGUUCUCAAAGUGAUUCAGAUGAGAAAAAUUCUAACUCAGAGAAACAGAAGUCUAGAAAGAGUGGUUACAAAAAUCUUUUGGGAUCAAGCAAGACAGAUUACAUAAACCAGGAAACCAAAGGUAAUAAAGAAAAUGAGGAUGUUUCAAAAACUCCACAAACCACAAAAACCGUUACUGAAGGUGUGAACAGUGAUUCUGAAAUAUCAAAUAAAAAGAAGAAGCCACUGCGUAAGUCUUGUUUAAAGAAGGAAAGAAAAGAAAAAAUUGGAGAAGAUUCCAUAAACGGGGGUUCAUCACUAAAAGAAAGUCCACGGAGGGAUUUAAAAGAAAAAAGUCAAUGUACAGGUAAUUUAUUAUCCAAUUUGAAAAUUUAUUUGGAAUUAUAAUAAAUAGCUUAUUUU